GAAAAUGAGUGGCCAAGACAUUGAUGUUGACAGCAACGACAAGGAACGAUUAAUGGGUGGGUGUGAAGGCCCAAAUGCUGCUUAUGUAAAAUUGGUUAGCAGUGAUGGACACGAAUUUUUUGUUCGAAAGGAGCACGCUCUAAUUUCUCAUACAAUUCGUGCAAUGCUUUCUGGACCGGGACAGUAUGCUGAAAAUGAAACGAAUGAAGUCAAUUUUAGAGAGAUUCCGUCUCAUGUACUGCAAAAAGUGUGCCAUUAUUUUGCAUAUAAAACAAAAUAUACAAACAGUGCUACGGAAAUACCGGAAUUUCAUGUGGCUCCGGAACUGGCUUUAGAAUUAUUAAUGGCUGCCAACUUUUUGGAUUGUUAA